UGUUAAUGUUGUGGAUUGUAUUAUUAGAAUUUGUUUAAGGAUUCAAAGAACGUCCUUAAAAUAUUGUUGAGUUAACAUAGAUCUUAUCUGGAUAUGAGUAUAAGGGUUUAUGGAAAUCAUAGAAUAAUGAAUAAUAAUUCCAUUACUUGACAGUUGAAUAAGGAGAUGCUUAUAUGAUAUUCUAAACAAAUGAUACAUCACAUAAUGGGUAGGAUGAAAUAAUAGACCGAUUAGAAUUUUAAUUAUUGAAUCCCAAAUACACAGAAUUAAAAUAAGUAGUCGGAAUAUUUCAUUUGACAAAUUACUCAGAAACUGAUAUGUAAAGUCUGAUUUAAUUUAAGUUCAUUCGAGAAUAGUAGUCUCAUAAACUAUACCACAGCCUAUAAAUUUAGAAGAAACUAUAAUUCAAGAGACAAUUGUGAAAUAGUAUACAAUGUUAGCAUUGAAUUUAAUGAAAAUACUUAUGAUAAAGACCAUGCUAACAUUAAAGUGCAGUUAUAUACUUAAAAUAAAGCAAAUGAUUCACAUUGUGAUGUCAAUAUUAAAAUGGAUUUGACUUAUGACAACACAAACUAUUUAUUAGAGAUUAUUAUGUAUUGUACAAUGUCAGUGUUAAUUUGUUUUACAUAAUUUUUAUGUGUCACAAAACUUUGUAAGGCUCUACUUGAGAAUGUAGAAGAUGCAAGCAAGGUAAAAAUCUUGAUUUUAUGAUAUUAGAUUUCACUUGCUGCAGUUGGAUUUCUAACAGUUUAAGAUUCAUAUAUUUGUAUGCAAAAUCUUUACAAAGCAUUAAUUCAUUAUGUAAUAAAUAAAAUUGAAUAUAGCAAUACUUUUAAUACUUUGUAUUGCCUGCCUUCUUUUACUUCCUGUUAGCAACUACCUGUGAUAUGAAACUUAUAUGGAUAGUUUGGAGAAGUAGACAUUUAGAGGAUUUAUUUGAUUAACAAAGGAUGAAAAGGGCAAUCACUUACUUCUUUGCUUAAUUCUGUAAAUUUCUAUAAAAUAAUUUAGAUUUCAGUCUUAUCUUUUAUUUUAUAUUGAUGUACUACUUUAAUACUUACAAUUGGUUUAUAUGUUUAACUGGAUUAAAUCUACUUCCUUAGAUUAUACAUAAUAUUCGUCUUGGCAAUAAUCCUAAAUUUAUUUCUUAUUUCAUUUUUGGUAUACUAUUUCCAAGUAUGAUCUAUUAAGUAUCUAAAUUAUAUAAUUAGAUUUAUUAUCGUGCAUGUCCAUCUAAUAUAGUUGGUUUUGAACCUUCACUUGCUUUUUGUAUGAUCUUUUUGAGUGAAUACUUGCUCUAGAUUAUUAUCCUUUAUAUUUAAUUUAAAUUAGGUCCAAGAUCCUUUAUUCCUAAAUGUUUCUUACCAAAAUAAUACAAAUAUCUUAGAACACUUAAUAUUUAAGAAGAUGAGGUAUCUGAAAUUUAUAUAAUAUUCUAGAAUGAAUGUGCUAUAUGUUUAACAUCAUUAACAGAAGAUCCAUUUGAUUAGGAAGCUCCUACUGAUAAAUUAAUUAUCAAAUAGGCUAUGCUUACACCUUGUAGUCAUUGGUUCCAUCCAUCUUGCCUUCGUAGUUGGAUAGAUAUUAAAAUGUAAUGUCCUACUUGUCGUUCAGAGUUACCACCUUUAUUAGAAUGAAAUAUUUAAUUAAAUUAUU